ACAUUAUUAUCGCAUUCCUGUUGUGGUUGGCCGGCUCUUGCAAGGGAGUUUGUUUGUUCGUCCCUGGGAAUUGUGGCAGAUGGAACUCUUUUAGGACGUAACCUAAGAGUAGAUAAGUAGGGGAUCGGGUCCCAUAAAUACAGCUCACUCCGGGAUCCUGUUUCUGGAUUUUUCCCACCAUGAAGCUCAUCCUGUGCUUUGGAGUUUUGCUCGGGGUCGCCUGGAGCCUGGAAACGUUUGAAGGUCACCAGGUCCUUCGCAUGAAGCCGCGCAACGAGGAACAGAUCGAGCUGCUCAAAGAAUUGGGAGGCCUGAAGCAUCUCCAGGCCCUGCUGGACGAAGAAUCUCGCGAGAUGCACCUCAACCGCCAACGGGAAUCCGGGAGCAGCAGGGAUUUUAACUACGGCGCUUACCAUAACUUGGACACC